GCCAAGAUUGCUUUUGACUAGCAGAGUGGAAACAGCCCUUCUCCUAUGUGAUCUAAAUUUUGACAGGGUUGACGUAAAACAGUUCAAAUCAACCAUUACCAUCACGUAAUGUCAAUGAAGCUUUUUUAAAACUGGCUCAAAUUCUACCGUAUUGUAUGUAAUUAUGUAUGACAUUGUCGUCUGUUUGGAAAUUGAAUAUCCAUUGUAAUCUGUUCUUCUGCGUGUUGCGGGUGGUUGGAGGGCGUCACUGGUAGGUCCUAUUUCUUUACUUUCCCUUUGUUGUUUUUGUCUGUCUGUCUUACACUUUUUCCCAGCACUGCACUAAAUCACCAUUAUUGUGCUCUUUACUAAAAAAUAUAUAAAAAUCGAACGAAUAAAGAAAUUGUUCUGCAUGUUUGUGUAUCCAACUAUAGCUGUCCCUUUUGUAUGGUGGGGUUUUUUGUUGUUGUUGUUUUGUUUGUUUUUUGCCGACGAAUGCAUGUUUGUGUAGCUAACUCAAAAUCUGCUCACUCGUCCUUCAACAGACACUAUCAGAUCCAGACAGUUCUGAAGACCCCGCCUAAAUCGCCGGCCCGUGUGGAAAUCAGUGACAAUAAAGUCAACGCGCAGCAAGGUUCCCCCGAAAAUAAUGCAGCCUUCAGGCGUAGCUGCACGGGACAGAGCCGGAAGUUUGAGAUCCUGUACCGUAAUGAAGAGGUGGACGUGGGCGACAUCUUUGUCUACAGAAUCCACACUCUGGUGGAGAGCAGCAAGCUGGAGAAAAACUUGGAGAACCUGGACCUGAGGCUGGAGGUUCAGCUGUGGUGUUUCGAAGAUGAAGAGUCAUCAGACUCGGAAUCCAAGAUGGAAAUGGCGAGCACUCGCGUGCUGCAGCUCCACAUAUCCCCUACCAAGGGACUUCAUCAUUCCUUACCCGUUCUCUUUGAUUAUUUCCACCUAUCAGCUGUUGACACUGUUAUACACGGCACCAUCAUCGCCAUUCACCAGCCAUACCUCACCAUGCCAAAAACCCAGAAAAGUUCUAAAAAUUUAGAACAGUCGACUUUGGAAGUUGUAUAUUUUGGUCAGAAGACUACACCAUCGCCCCCAUCAAGCAAUGCCAGCACCAGCAGUGUUCGCAUGCAGCAGGCUCACCUUAUGCACAAGACUAUAUGCAACCUGCUGCUGUCCGCACACGAGAGCCUUCAGGAGAACUUGCAGCUUUUCACCUCCAUGAUUCCAGGGAACAGCUUUCAGCUGGAACGCAAAGACUGUCAUACCCGACUUGGUGAAGCAGUUAUGAAAGUACAGGGAGUGUUGGAAGAAGAAGAUCUGAUCCAGACUGCCAUUACUGACAUCACCCAGCUGUGUGCGGAGAACGUGAUCUUGUGGGCGCAGUUCCUGGAGAUCGCGCUGCGGCAGCCGAGGGUGCACCUGUACUUGGCUCGAGAGCACCACAAUAUGAGGAUCAGACGUUUUGCCGAGGGUUUCUUCACCAUGGAGCACAACAAAUCAUCUUGUUUAUCUUGUUAUGAUCCUGGAGUCCAUGGACACUCGUCGCUCGCUAGUUUGGUGAAGAACUCUCCUUACUUCUCCAAUCUCCCGUCCCUGUCUGUGGAAUGCACGGAUCUAGACGGAGACGAGAACUCACUACCUAUCAUAUUUGAAGAUAUUUAUCAUGACUCCAGGGCUCCACCUCCUCAAGCAUACCAAAAAGUGUCGGCUGCUGCAUCAAGUCGUACAUCGGCAGCUGACGUCACGGGCUCCCCUCGGCAGCGCUCCUCCUCCAACUCCUCCUCCUCCGUGGCCAGUGGCUCGCCUCACAUGCGUAAGCGUUCAUCCAAGAAGAAGUUCAUUAAGAACAUCAGGCCGGAGGGCUUCAAGCGGCCCUCCUCCUACUACUGUAGCGAAGCCGAGGCGGCGGGUGCCAAAGCUGACGGCCAGGCCAAGCCUCCCAUAGGGGUCACUCUCAUCGGAUAUCGGAAAAUUCCUAUCCCAGAUACUGUCCCUUCUGGAGCAGUUCAGCUGGGCACGUUCAGCCCCGACUCUCCAGACACCUCGCCAGGUGCCGUGCACGCCCAGUUGGACAAAACAACCAGCAUGUCUUCACUCUCCUCCAUUCUUCCAUCAGCCUGCAUGAACCGAGGCAGCUCCGACUCUCUGGCAGAUUUCGCAGCAGCAGACGCGUCGGUCAUGGGCUCGGGGAGUUCUGUCUCCAGCUCACCCGCCGCCGGCACCCCUACCAAACGGCAGAAUAGCACAACGUCCGGUGCCCGUACUUUGUCAGAGCCCAGUGACUCUAAUGUGACUCUGGUCGGUGGCCCCAGCGAGACGUUGCCCUCGUCAGCGGGGAAGGACACCAGUGGCGGUAGUGUCAGUGUGUCGACCCAGUCAGCAGGGAAGGACACCAGUGGCGGUAGUGUCAGUGUGUCGACCCAGGUCGUGACCUCCAAACCCCCAAUUCCUCCGAGUCAUCAGGAACCAAGCGCAGCAGGGGGGUCAAAGGCAGCUUCUGAGGAUGUGUCGAAAACUCACAGUUCUCCUCAAGCCAAAGUUUCGUCUCAGGCCAAACAGCAGCUUUCGUUACAGGAGGCGAGUAAGUCUGGUCUGAGCAAAAGUGACUAUAAAGAGCUAGCGGAGGGACUUUCUAAGGCUAUAGGGGAAGAGGAAGCCUCCCCGUCCAAACUUCUCACAGCAAUAUCUUCCAUGAAUGACGAUGACUUCAGCGAUGAUGACACUAAUGUGGCCAAUGGCUUUGAUGACGUGCUAGAGACAUACCGACAAGAUUUCAGCGCUCGCUCAGCAGACGGAAAAGCUUCCUCGGCCAUGGUGAGUGGGGGAGGAGAAUCAUCUACGUCCAAACAUUCCAAACCAUCAUCUGCAGGGACAUCAUCAUCAGGCGUUGGUUCCUCUGUCUCAGAAAGAUCUUCUGAUUUGGUGGAUAUGAAAAGCAACAACGAUAGUGCCUUGGGGAGCGAAAUCUCAUCACAGGAAGAGAAGAGCUCCUCUCCGUCCCCUUCGGCCGGAGCCUCAUCCUCAACCAAGAAAUCGGCAGCUGCCACGGGUGCGCGGUGCUCGUACAAUGACCCGCGGCAGAGGUUGACUGUUAUAGAGCUGCUGAAGGAAGAGUACAAGAGGUCUCAGUUCACCGGAGCAGACUCUCUGGGUCAAGGCAAUGUAAUGGACUUGUCCAACAUCCACCUGGAGAAGGAGAGCAGUCCGUUCAGCGGCCACAGGGCGGCCAGUGACUCCGACAUCCUGAACCAUUGUGAAGAGGAGGACAAAAACUCUCAGGGGCAAGAAGGAAAAGGCAGUUCAGACGGAAAUGAUAAGAGACGUAUGUUAUCCUCAUCCUCAUCUUACCCUGAGCUGUCGCACGCUGGCAAGACGGAGCCUCCCAAAUUGGUCUCUGUGAUUGGCCUGCAUACUGUCAACUUUGUGCAGCUGAGAGAGAGCCUCAAGCUUCAGAUGAACUUUCCAGGAUAUUUGUACAGCGAAUGCCCCACUCUGGCUUCUGCUAUUCCCUACUUCCAAGUCCCGGCAGAUCUGGACGACUCAGGAUCAGGCAUUCAUCUCAUCAUUUGCGUGCAUGGACUGGAUGGUAACAGUGCUGACUUAAGACUUGUGAGGACAUACAUAGAGAUGGCGCUGCCAGGGUUCAGGCUGGAGUUCCUCAUGUCAGAGAGAAACCAGCAAGAUACUUUCGCUGACUUUGACAAGAUGACAGACAGAUUAGUAGAUGAAAUUUUGUCUUACCUGGACACAUUUGGAUUCAACAUCACCAGAAUCAGCUUUGUGGGUCACUCCCUGGGGAACAUCAUCAUCCGCUCCACCCUCGCCCAGCCCAGGAUGGUCCACCUGCUGCCCAAGCUGUACACACUCCUGUCCCUGUCUGGGCCGCAUCUAGGCACCCUGUACAACACCAGUGGACUGGUCAAUAUGGGGAUGUGGUUCAUGCAAAAGUGGAAAAAGUCUGGCUCCCUGUUGCAGCUGUCCCUCAAAGAUCACACGGACCCACGGCAAACCUUCUUGUUCAAACUGAGCCAGAAACCAGUUCACUGUUGUGCAUUUGUUUAUUUUCCCUUUUCAGUUUUGCAGCAUUUCAAACAUGUGUUGCUUGUGGGGUCUCAUCAAGACAGAUAUGUCCCGUAUCAUUCGUCUCGUAUUGAGAUCUGCAAAGCUGCUCAGAAAGACAACAGCGUUAUAGGCACAACGUAUCGGAAAAUGGUCCAGAACAUUCUUGAGCCCAUUAUCCAGUCCCCACACUGUACUCUGAUCCGCUACGAUGUGUUCCACUCUCUCCCCUCCACCGCAAACACCAUGAUCGGCCGAGCGGCUCAUAUCGCAGUAUUAGACUCAGAGAUUUUCAUCGAAAAGUUCCUUACGGUCACUGGACUCAAAUACUUUCAGUGAUCAUAUAAAUGAACUGUUACAGAAGGGAAAACCGAAAAGUAAAAAAGUGCUGGACGUGCACAUCUUCAGCGAACUCGAUGAAUUUUAUGAUGCAGAGAGGAAAAAGAACCAGACUGUACAUUUUUUAAUAUUCGGGACUCGAAUAUGAACGUGAUGGAAAGUAGAAAAAUUUGAUGGAAUACGUGAAAGUCAAAGGACAAUUGUGAUUUUUUAAUUAUUAUUACCAUUCCCCCUGAAGUGGCAAGCAAAUUUCGUUCGACAGAUUGUAAGUUUGUAAAAAUAUAUGCGACUUUAUAAUCUCUCUGGUUUCAUUCUCCCAAAAUGCAAUAUGUAGAAAGUAAUAUAUAACCUUUGUUGACUUACAAUUUUGCCCAGUGAUUGGUGUAUUUUGAUGGGCCUGUAUGAAAAUCUGUAUAUUAAUUGAAUGUGAUUUUUUAAAGACAAUUGUUUAGAAGACUUAUUAUCCAGUAAUCAGUUUGAAAUUAAUAUAUUUCUCAAGUAUUGGAGAUAGUUCAGGUGUUCAUUGGUGUUUUUUUAUAUGAGCAUUCCCUAAUAGUUUGAAAUCAAAGAGCACUUAGUUGAAAUGGUCAUUGCAUGAGCCAUAUCCAGUCCAUGAUGAGUAUAGUUACCCUCAAUUCUGAUAGUUAUGAAUACUAUCGUACCUAUAAAUCUCACAGUGAAACAUUUAGACUCUGUUGCUAGUUAUGAGAUGCAGCAGUUGUUCAUCAUUUGAAUCAGGACAAUGUACUCUUCACAGGGACUUGAAUAAAACUCUCCCAAAAAGUCAUUUUAAUGGUGGAGGGGGGGUAAAAAAGAACUAAGUGUAAAGUUAGAAACAGAUAUUGAUAGAGAAGCUGAAAUAUUACUCCAAUUGAAGAUGCAUUCAAUUAGAACAAGCGGGAAACAGGAAAAUGUCAUUGUAUGCUGUGAGGGAGAAACGAAAGUCUAGUCAGUUGGCGAGAAACAAGUGCUGUGAUGUUUACUCCUUUGAAUUCUAAUCUUCUUCCCCCACCCCAAGCCUUUAAGUAAGACCCAUGCUCAUGGUCGUUCUUCGAACAAUUUCUAGAUUUCCACCACUGCACUCUGAAGCAUGGAUUCAGUUCGCUGAAAGGUAAAAGUAAGGCAGACUUAAGAAUGUGAUCAGGUCAAGUGAGUUAUAUAUGACAGAUUAUUGGUCGCUGGUCCAUCUUGGAGGUUGAUGGUAAAUCAAUGGGUCACUGGAAGUGGUUCUCAUUUCAGGGUAGACAGAUACUUUAUUUCACCACAAUGCUGGUCCCAAAGUCACUACUGUGGGAGAAAUGUUUUCUUUGAUUUGUUUCUCUAUCCUCACAGGAGAAAAAGAAAAGGAAUCCAGAUACAAUGACUGUGAAACCAUGAUCCACAGGCUUAUUUCCAAGAGAGUAUCUUUCUUGCUUUAUGAUGUCGGGGGGGGGGAAGGGUACAGUUCAGCUGGUCUUUUCUGAACAUGGUGCUAAUGGCUCUCAGCUCUUAAGUGCCUAAAGGUCUGUACUAACAUAUGACUGACAUUUGACUGUUACAGACGGAACACAGAGAAACUUGAGGAAGUGUCUUUAUGACUACUUAGAUUUCCUCACAGAAAAGUAAAUCGUACGUAGUCAAAAUACAGAUUUUAUACUUGUUUUUAUAUGAGAAGGAAAUAAUGGGCUGACUUCAUCUUUUUCCACAAACGAAAGUACUUCAUUCGGGUUCCUGCCAUAUCCUGGGCUUUCAUCUGAUGCUCAUCCAAACCAAAUUGUGUUUUCAGAACUCCCCUACCAUGAGGUUCUGCCAACGUUUUGUUUUCAUGACAGAAGAGGCAGCUGUAUGCUUGGGAACUCGGUAGUGUGUUGACAUUUUUUCUUUCCCAAAUUACUAGUUUCAUUAUUGCGAUUAAGAAUAUUCAAUGGUUUCUAAGAAUGCUGAAUUUCUGUGUGUGAAUUAAAGGCUGUUUUUGUAGUGGUGUUGCUGUAAAAAGUCCAGCUGUGGUUUAGAGUGUUUUUAUUAAUAAGUAGGACCACAGUUAUGAGAUUGAGCUGAGCUGACAUUCUCUGUCUGGAGGUUGAGCUAAGCUUACAUUCUCAGUCUGGAGGUUGAGCUAAGCUGACAUUCUCUGUCUGGAGGUUGAGCUAAGCUGACAUUCUCUGUCUGGAGGUUGAGCUAAGCUGACAUUCUCUGUCUGGGGGGUAAUAUUCGUGCUCUAUUAUCCACAAUACUGGGAAGGAAUCAAUGGCUGAAUUGUUCUUUCCCGUCUCCUCUCUACAUGUAUGGAAGGUAUAUAGAUUGAAAUAUACGAAGGCCCCAAUACACAAAAUGGUGAAUACAUCGGUUAGGGUUCACCUGGUGGCACAGUGACUUAUGUCAUCAGAAACACAUGAUCAAGCUGUGUGGCAUGAAGACUUAGUCUCACUAUGAGCAAGGUCCUCUUUUUGCUCUUCACACCUCAAAGGUUGUCGUAGCACAAGCUUUAUAAUAAAAGAAUAGAUGACAUGUCAGCGUAACACUGUGUUAUUUGCCUUUUGGGGUUGUGACAGUGUUUACUCUCACUUGAAUAAAGAAGUUUAUUCACUGAUUCUUCUUAUGAAAGUACAUGUGGCUUUGACUGGCUUUUUGCUGCAGCACGUUUUCCCGUCUGACAAAAGGGCUCUCAAAUGCUACACAAUUUUUACUCCGUUUUGUCUUUUUUCUGGACUAGUAUUUGGCCUCACUACUUUUGUGUUUUACUUGUUGGAUUUCAUUCUAGGGUUCUGUGUUUAUAAACUUGCAAAGGCUCAUUUUGUUUCCAGUCAUUUUGAUGUGUCAUUCAGUCUCUAAGGAUGUAAUUUAUAGGAUUGUGUUUGAAAAUGGAGGUUUCCAUUGUCCAUACAUCAGGGAUAUGUUGAGAAAAAGUUUUUAAAAGUGUUAUGUUUUUGGGAAAGAGUGAAAAGCGUUAUAUCGUCGUUAGUUCUUUAACAUUGAUAUUAUAUUGGUUUCUUAAGAAUUUGCUAGUUAUGAAUUCCUAUGGAGUCUUUGAUAAGACACAGGAGAGCCAGACAGCUCAUCAGAAAGAAAAAAUAAGAUUUGGUCUCUUUGUAAAAUCAUUUGGAUUCAGGUUUGACUAAUUGCAACAUUGUAUUUUUUAUUUGGCCCAAGAACUCUCAAUUCUCUGUGAGAUUUGGUUUAAUUAUUUGUGCCUGUCAUUUGUUCCAUCACUUUGUUGACAUGGUUCUUUCAGCUUGAGAAAGGAGAGUGGGAGUUUGAAAGUGUAAGUGUAAGAUGCUGACGUUUUUCCCCCCCACUUGCCUUUGCUUGUUGAUGCAUCGGGUUACACGUUCGAGUAUGUUAUCCCUUCUAUUUCAUCCUCUCUCUAUGCAGCUUUAAGCAAAAUGCCAUGUUGGUCUGUGUGAAAUGCUUGUUCAUUUGUAGAGAUCUGAUAUAUUUACAAAGUUUGAAGUACCUGUUCUAGUGUACUGUGGUGAUGAAGCUCAAAUACCGGGCAUGUCCUUUUGUUUCCUCCUAGUGUGUGCUUGUUCAGUUCUGAAAUAUGCUGAUUGAAUAAAGCUUGUAACUGUAAUUAAAUGACAAGCAAAUCGGAAACGAUGUUGGGACAUUUAUUUUCUUGUCAGUCUGUUGCACAAUUGAUGUUGACUUGUGUAUAGAUGCUGAGAUGCCCCGACCCGGCCCCCAUUCCCCCUGUGACCUACCCCACAAAAUGACCCUUGCUGAGAUGAGGUUUUGUGGUAAUGGUUGUAUAUAUACAUUGUAUUUUAUUUGUUUCUAUUAUAUGAUAUAUUAUAUAAUAUAUCCUGACACCAGUGACUUCUGGGAUUUUUUUGGUCUGAAGAUUGGUUCUCAUGUACGUUUUGUCUCGCAGGGUGGGCCAAAAUAUGUCCAUAAGGGGGUGUAAAGCAGGGUCAUUCUUAUUGACUCGCCAACUGAUUAGUAAAUGACAAGACAAUAGAUUAACUGUGAGAGCCACAAGGCUGAUUAGUAAAUGACAAGACAAUAGAUUAACUGUGAGAGCCACAAGGAAAGUGAAGACCUCACACCCAGAGAUUUCCUCUUUCAUGUCAUAUGUGCCUCAAUGACAUGCAUUUGUGCAGCACUGAAUUUGGUUUUCGUUGAAACAGGGUGAGUCAUUUAAAAUAACUCUGUAUUUGUUCACAUGGCCAUCAUAACUGAGGUACGUACAGGUCUUGAUGGGUCCACAAAUAGGGUUUAUGUUAGGAAA